AUGGCCGCCAGCGGGGCGGUCGAGCAAAGCUACCUGGUAAGGCGGGCCGACCCGGACGAUGUUGAUACCAUUGACGCGCUGUACGAACGCCUCUACGGGGAUGGCAGCUUCUCAGAGGCCAUGGCAAUCUUUCACGCGGUGGACAAAGGCUACCUUUACAAGCAAGAUCUCCGGGUGAAGUUCCUCCUGUCCCUCGUGGAGACCUCCUUCAUGUCGGUGACCGUCGAGGACGAGGAAGGCCACGUGGUCGGCUUCGCGGUUCUGGAUGCCGCUCUGGCCAGGCUCUGGCCCAUGCUUUGGCUCCUUUGCCCGAAAGAUAGUCCAGUACUCUCGCUGUGGGCAUCCCGCAUCGGCGCCUCUUUGAUAUGCCCUGCAAAGAUGCGCUGGAGUCCGCACUAA